CCUCAUACCUCCCCCGAGCCGAGAUCAAGACUCGGACCAAGCGUGUGAAGUUGUGAACCUGUACCCAUUCUAGCCCAGUCCCCGCUGCUGUCUCACCCAGCUGAUCAUGUGUUGUCUUUGCUUUAACUGCUGACACUGACGCAUGUGAGAAUCGUUGAGCUCGUCGGUAAAGUCCAAUCACCCCUCUAUCUCAAGAACAAAGAUGAAGGUUGCAAAAUGCCCAGCAGAGGAACUGUCUUAUACUAACUGUGUUAUUGUCUGUGGCAGUGACUUUCCUCAGCAUGUUCAAUAUGUAAAGGUGAACACUGGCCAGGGAUCCUUUGUCUAUACCAUCAUCCGUCAUCAAGGGGUCAAACCUGGCUAUGUGGGAUUCAAUGCCAUCCAGCGCAAGCAUGCAUACCUCUCUUUGGAGCAGGAGAUUACAGUUGAGCCUCAUGUACCAAAUCCUCACAAAGACUUGAUUGGAACACUGGUGCUGGAAAUUGACAUGCUACAGAAGAGGAACAUGGCACCAGAAACCUUCAACACUGAUCAGCUGGCAAAGUGUGUCAAUGAACAGUUCAACAGGCACUGCUUCACUGUUGGGAUGCCAAUGGUUUUGAAGUUUCAGGACAAAAAGGCUCUUUCAAUAAUUCCCAAAGAAAUUGAAGCUGCUGAUCCAGAAUCUCUACUUGGCAGAACAAAAAGUGAACCUAAGAAGAUAAGCUUCGGGGUUCUACAACCAAAUUCUACUGUCAUUUUUGAGAAAGCUGCAACUUCUGUCCUCAUACUAACAGGCAGAGCAAAGGCCCGAUCAAGCCAUAGCAGCCUCUUCUCUGCCGAUUGGGACUUCCAGAAGAUGGGAAUUGGUGGCCUCGAUGAGGAAUUCAUUCAUAUCCUGAGAAGAGCCUUUGCCUCCAGAGUAUUUCCAACAGAAGUAAUUGAGGAGUUGGGCGUGAAUCACGUUAAAGGUCUUCUGUUAUUUGGACCUCCAGGUACUGGCAAAACCUUGAUGGCCCGCCAAAUAGGGAAAAUGCUCAAUGCUCGAGAGCCAAAAAUCAUCAAUGGCCCAGAAAUCCUUGACAAGUAUGUGGGAGAGUCUGAGGCCAAUGUGCGCCGGCUUUUUGCUGAGGCUGAGGAAGAGGAAAAACGGAUGGGACCAAACUCUGGGCUUCAUAUCAUCAUCUUUGAUGAAAUUGAUGCCAUCUGCAGACAAAGAGGUUCUGUUGCUGGCAGCACUGGUGUCAAUGACACUGUUGUCAACCAACUGCUGUCCAAGAUUGAUGGUGUGGAGCAACUCAACAAUAUUCUGGUUAUUGGCAUGACCAACAGAAAGGACAUGAUGGAUGAAGCUCUAUUGAGGCCGGGCAGAUUGGAAAUUCAAGUAGAAAUUGGACUUCCUGAUGAACAGGGUCGUUUUGACAUCCUGAAGAUUAAAACAGCAAAGAUGGUGGAGAGCAAUAAGCUGGACCAUGAUGUUGAUCUUGCAGAGGUUGCUACCUUGACAAAGAACUUCUCAGGAGCAGAACUUGAGGGCCUGGUUAAGGCUGCCUCAUCCUCAGCCCUGAAGCGCUACAUUCAUCUUGGAAAUAAAAUUGAAGUUGAUCCACAGGCCAUUGACAAGCUAAAAAUUACAAGAUCAGACUUUAUAUAUUCCCUUGAAAAUGAUGUGAAGCCUGCUUUUGGUAGCAGUGAUGAAGACCUGUCGCAGUUUAUUGAGCGAGGAAUUGUUAACUGGGGACCAACUAGGGAACUGUUGGAAAAGGGACUAAUGUUUGUGAAGCAGGCAAGAUCCCCUGAAACUAGUAGUCGUCUCUGCAUAUUGCUUGAAGGAGCCCCAAGUGCUGGUUCCUCUGCACUGGCAGCCUAUUUGUGCAAAAACUCAGACUUCCCCUUCAUCAAAGUAAUUAGCUCUCGAGACAUGGUUGGAUUCUUAGAAUCUUCUAAAUGUUUGAGAAUCAAGAAAAUAUUUGAUGAUGCAUAUCGCUCUGAGUUGAGCUGCAUCUUUAUGAACGACCUUGAACACUUGAUGGGUUAUUCACCAAUUGGUCCCCGAUACCAGUCCCUUGUUUUGGAUGCCAUGUACUCUCUUCUGUCGGCUUCCCCUCCUCCUGGUCGCAAGCUCCUUGUUGUUUGCACUUCUAAACGCCGCUCAGUGCUAGAAGAGCUGGGUCUCCUCUCCGCCUUCACAGCUGUCAUCAGGGUUCCAUACAUUGCACAUGUGGAGGAUGUCAGACUGGUCCUGGAAGAGUCGCAAGCAAUGAGCCCAGAUGAGAUUGCAGAAGUGGUGAAAGAAGUUGGCCAAGGAAGAGUGUUUGUUGGUGUAAAGAAGUUGUUGGGACUGUUAGAUACAUUGCGUGUGAUGAAGGACGUACCUUCACACCAAAGAGUUACUGCCUUUGUUAAUUUAUUGGAAGAUGAGGGUGUGCUUACUCGAAAAUUAUAGUAAACACUCCUCCUUUCUAAAAUUAUAGUAAACACUCCUCCUUUCUAUUUGAUUUCUAAUUGUAGUGAGCAGUAGUAUUUAUGCAUUCCAUUUUGCAAAAUUAACUACAUUGUUUGUAGUUCAUGUUAACCCUCUCGCGCACGAUGACGCAAAAUGCACCAUAAACUUCAAAAAAACUGAUAAUUUUAAAGUUUUCGGUGAAAAUGCGUCAAAUUUGGGAGCGUCAUUUGUUGGGAUAAGUUUCUUAAUGGUAACAUAUGGCAGCCUUUCUAAGGAGCGUAGAUGAGGAGCUUUGAGCCUACUCUGAUGUGAGGAAAAAAAUAGAGUUUUCUCGGUGUAACUCAGGAACUAAUAGGCAUAUGAGGAUUUUGAGGAUACCAUAAGAAUCCUCACAGAAUUCCGCUUCAAAACAUAUAUUCAACAAAAAACUUGGCCCACAAAAUUUCGAGCUAGCGAGUGGGGAAGAGUUGAUACUUAGGAUUUGUUGUCUACAAUACUCUAUACGGAGACUUGAAACAAGACUGUAUUGUUUAUAUAUUAUUUUUUCCUCUAUUUUUAUUUGUGCAUGUUCUAGUACAAGUCUUUAUGAAGCCAUUGAUACCAAAUUUAUUGGGGUAUGAUAUAUCUGUGAGGGUAAAAUAUGACCGGAAAUGUAGAGUAUCGUGGCGUCAAAAAAUGGCUGGUCGGGCCUGAGAAAUGCAUGGUGAGUGGAACAGAAACUUAUUGGAAACUUACGGUGCACGAGAGGGUUAAUGAGGUACUUUCCAAACCCCAUUUAAGUAGGGAGUAGCAUGAUAUCCAGUCCCUCAGUAUUAUGGAGACAAAUGUAAUACCUUUCCAUUGCUUCUCUAAAAAUGCUGUGAGGCAAAGUAGUAUAAUGACUUCAUCCAGAGUUAUACGGAUGAUGGUCUACAGAGAUUCAUUCCAGAAUGAAAAAACUUCAAAAAUUAAUUUUUAAGUUUCACUGCAACUUUGGCUCUCUGUAGGCAGUAAAUUUCCGGGUAAAAGAUCAUAAACUAUAUUUUUCCGACUCCAUUGAUGUAAAAUAAGCAACUUCAUUAAAUUUUCCUGUACGUCGCACCAGUAAAAAGUUGUAAUUUCGGGGAAAUCAUGGAAUUCCAGGCAAAUGUGACAACCUAGAAAGAAACUCAUUUCACAGCAGAUUGCGCCAGAAAAUUUUAUAUAAAACGUCUUUUAUGACGUUUUCUCAGUUUUAAAGUUAAUUUUCCGCUGACUUUUGCAUUCAAGGGGGAUCUAUUGAGAAAAACUUUUGCGAUCAAAAGGGGUUAAGGAGCUGAGCUGGAGUUGCCAGAAUUUCCUUAGAAUAGUUUCCUUUUGUAAGAAAUAAAGUGAGGUGAGCAAUACUUUCUGCUAUCUUUUCAUAUAAAAUUAUUUGAAUUAAAUAUAAUAGUACUUUUCCUCAGUCUUUCUAGAGAAUCAAUAGAAGGGUAUUGUAUUUCACUCCUCUUCCAUACUCUGGGACUGGAUGCAAUUCUGCCACCUAUCAAAAUUAGAAAAUCACACUUUCUAUUUCAUAUUCCCACAAGAAAAGUGACAAUUGGUGUGAUUACAUUCCACAGUGCAUAAAACAAAUGAUAACGAAACAAUUUCUAUUAAAUACAUUUUGCAACUAAAGUAAUGCAGCAGCAACCAUCUUUUCCUUAAUUUUGUCAGCAUUGUAACAAAUAUGAGCAUGUGGGUUUACACCACCCUGAUCUGGAUGACUGCUUGCAAUGGUGCAUGCAGUAUUUACUCCUGUAAUAGUACAGUAACAAGUAUUAUCACUCUUGAGGCAAACUUCCUCCAAACAUUGUGCUUAUUGUAUUACCUUUUAACUAAAUGGUGCAAGCACCAAGAAAAGGAUGAUGUGAACCUUCUUUAUUCUAAUUGCAUCCAUAAGUCUUAAGACAAAGUGUGGCAGCAUAGUUAAGUGAAAGCAUGUUGCACACCACAUGUGGCCAAUCUGACAAAAUUAAGUGUCGAGCUGGUUGCUUUAAGAUUAAAGUUUGUUCAAGUUUUACAUGAACUCUGGUAUGGGGAAAGGUUGCAUAAAUUGUAUUUAAUAUUACCAUUAAAAAAUUCAAGGUAAGAGGUACUGUUCUAAGAGAGUGAAAUCCUGUGAUAAAGAAUUAAAAGCUAAUGCAUACUUGAGUCUAGUUAUUACAUAGUAACCAGCCUUAGCUCUUUACUUACAUUUAAUCAGCACUAUUGUGUGUGCAACAUAAUUUAACUUAGCUGUUUGAAUGUUACCCUCCCUUGUGUAAGUGGUGGUCAAAGAUGGAUUUGUGGUCUUGGAUGAGGCUCUGAAUCAAAGGAUGGUUAAGAACCCAGCUAAAAUCAUAGUGCUGCAAUUGCCCCUGACCUUUCUAAACCUAUUUAUUUUCUGCAAUCAUAAUUGGAUCUUCAAGAUGUAUAUUAUGAUGCGAAAAAACAAAUAAACCAAAUAUGCUGA